ACUCAACGACCGCCUCCAGCCUAACGGCAUCAAGCAGGACAGAGACGGUAACCACUGGUACGGUGACGACUGGCACGAUCACCACUGGUACGGUGACCACUGGCACGAUCACCACCACCACAGCGACUCCUGAGCGUUUUUCCUUAGUGAGGGCUGAUGUCGCGAUUUCUUUCACAACCCCCCUAAACGAUACAUCGGUAGAAGUUGUUGCGCGUGCAGCGAUUGCAACCUUCUUGAACAUCUCGCAGUCGAAGGUCACGAUCAACUCCGUCGUCGUCAGAAACACGUCAAGGCGCUUGUCGCUUCAAAGAAGAUUGGCCAGUCAAGUGUGGGACAUCGACUACACAGUUACAGUUGAGGGUACAAACACUGAGGAGACCGAAGAGACAUUGUUGCGUCUGUAUGACAACACUUCGCAGUUCCAUGAGUUUGUCGAGGACGAGCUCGAUGAGAAAGGGCUUCCUAGUGACGUCGUGGAGUGGGUGGAAUCGUCGGUGCCCGUGGUCGAACUUUGGAUAUAUACUACAGCGACGUUGACUUCCACGUCGACGCUGACCUCCACGACGGUGACCUCCACGUCGGUGACCUCCACGUUAACGUCCACAACUUGCUGUGUAUGUGCUCUCCCUAUGUUCGCUGGUAUUCCUGUAGGGAUAAGUGGACCCGGCUUCACUUCAUCAUCGGGGUUGGAUACCAUAGUACGCAUCGAAUGCUCGGGCAUCAAAUAUGGAGACGUUUGCGAGCCUGUUUGUGGUGUGGGGCAUGUUGCAAAUGGGACAAUGGUCUGCAGCGACGAGACGGAGAUGUUCGAGGGACGUGCUGACUGCGUGCCUGACACCUGUGUUGGCAGUCCAGCAUUGCCUACCGGCUAUGAGACAGAGGAUGCAAAUUGCGUAAACAUGCUUUACCCCGAGACAUGCCGCAUAACCUGUUCCGAGGGCUACGAGAACCUACUUGGGACCUCCAUCGAAGUUCAGUGUACAGCCGACACGUCUUACAAUCUGUCAAAGGGUGCCGGGUCUUGCACAGAAUCGCGUUGCUACGCCUUCUCGCCGCCUGGCAUGUUGAACGUGGCCGACAGCUCGUCUUGCAUCGGUAUUGCGAGCCGUGAGUCGUGCUCGCCAGUUUGCGAUGACGGUUACCAGCUGGUCGAGCCAAUCAAUUGCACUUUGGGCUCGUUUGAGAUGAUUCCGGUGGUCUGCGCCUCCGAUGCGGACGCGGAGGCGCUCGAACGUGUCGAGGUCUUGCUGGUGGAGAUUGCGUUCAUUGCCGGUCAGGCGAAUUCGGGCAUUACGGCGGAGUGGGCUGGCGGUGGGACCAGGGUUCCGAUGCAAAGCGCGCUCGGCGACGUUUUAGGCUUGUACCCAGAGCAGGUUUAUUUUCUGGAGAUGAAGGACCUGAACUCAGACUCAGCGUCUGGUAUUCCAGCGAGGCGUUUAACAGAAGAGGAGGGCCUGUUCGUCAAGCUGUGGCUCCAGCUGUACCCGAUUAACGACCGCACGGCGGUCGAGGGUGGCCUGGCCGACCUCGGGACGAGCAAUCUCACCAGCCGUUUCGUCAGCUUCCUGCAGGAGGCCGGCGUCGCGGUGCCGGCGGGCCUCCAGACGGCCGCGGUCGUCGCCGGGACGCCCGUGACCGUCCUCGCGAGCGUGCCCGUGGCGCGUUGGGUUGCCAGGACAGAGUGGUCCGUCUGCAGCACGACGUGCGGCGAGGGUGAAGCCACCCGCGACGUCGACUGCCUGACCGGCAACACCAACUUGUGCAACGC